CUCCUUUCCCAAAACGAUUUUAUUUUUUUGAAGGAUGAUCCCGAUUGCUUUGCUUCUUCUCGUAUAUGGUUCCUUUUUUUUCCUCUUCGGCGAAAUGGUCGUUUUGUCGAGCUCCAAGUAGUAAAAGGGUUGCUUCGAAGAGCCUUUUUCUCAAUAGGGACCAGGAUGGAUGGAAUGAUACGUAACCUAUAAUACCCGUCUUUGCUAAUGAAAUGCAUUCUCUUAUGUCGUUUCCAGGCUUGAAAUUGCCGUAGCUGAUAUGGCUGAGGGAGACUCUGGACGUGCGGCUGCCUUUUAUUUCCCCUCCCACCCCCAAGCGAUCUCCCACUACAAGCGACCCAGAUAAAACACUUGAUCAGCUGUUGCUGCAUUGGUAGAAAUGCCUAGUGAUGGGGAAAAGUUUUGCUCAGCUGCAUAAGCCACAACAACAAAAAAGCGUAGAGACUUCAGGGGCAGAGGUUCUAUAAAUAAGCUUCUGUUGACAGUAUUCAUAUCCACAGGAUCCAAAUUGUGAGAGAUCAUUUAGCUAUGACUUAGUUUGGGGGGGGGAGCUUUCUCUAUUAAUGAAAGGAGAUCAAGUGACCCUGGCUUUGUGAUCAAAUUGAGUUUGUUGACUUGCAGCCAACAUUUAACCAGGAUACUUCGAUUGUUUCAGCAAUGACCAUUGGCCCUGUUUAUUAUUGACGAGAAUGUAGGGUUGUUGUUUUUUACCACUAAUACAUCUAUAAGCUUUCUUUCAUGAAAUGAUGCCCAGCUUUUGAUAUUUUUACAAACAUAGCUGUGGUUGGGUGAUUGUUGCUGAUUUAACAUUUGCACUUGAUAAUGUAGACUGGAAAGAGGGUAAACUUAAAUCAUGGAGAGGAAAAAGAAGACUGUUGCUCCUGAUGGAAAAAGAGCGAUCACGUGGGAAAUCUCAGAUUCUGAAGAAGACAGUGAUGUUAAACCAGAAUCCUCAACCGCUUUUGCCACUUAUUCAGAUGCUGGAGCUCGGGGCUGCUCAGAGAAACAAAAAUUAGAGCCGGGCAUGGCUCUCCUUGAGGCAAAAGCAGUUUCUUCGCUUGUACCAUUGACACAAACCGUAUCCUGUGAUUCAAGGCCGGAGAAAAAAAAGAAAAAGCAGUCCCUGGACAAAAACAAGAUGGCCCAGAUAAAAACAGAAGAAAAAAAGAAGAGCAUGCAUAAAAAAGAAGAGAAAAUGAAGAUAAAACAGCAGAUUGCAGCUGAAAAAGAGAGACGUAAAGAAGAAGCAGCUGCCUUGAAAUUCCUUCGGCCUGAUCAGUGCAUGAAGCAAAUGAUUGUCUGUUUGGAUUCAGGUCUUCUAGAGCACCCUGGCUCUGAUAUCUUGCUGGAAGUUUUGGAUACUUUGGACUGUAAAUACCAUAUUGAGCAUCAGAUCAUUCCACACAGCAUAACCUGGAAGAGAAAAGUCUUCAGCAGUACGUCUGGUUCCGACAAUUGUCAGGAAGAGACUGCAGUGGAAAGGGAGGUCCUGCUAGUGAUGCAGCCUUCAUACUUCCUCAGACAGCUUUCAUCAAUGCAGAAUUCAAGUCCUGAUGGCCAGCAGUGUACAGCAGAUCUUAUUCAUCUGUGUCCCUUUCACCAUUUGGAAGAUCCUUCUACAGUAUCUUUCAGCGUGGUUGUCAUUGGACUAGACACCUACCAAUGGUAUCAUCAGCUUCCGCAAGAAGAACCAGUCACUGGACUAAAGAAUGAAACAUUACAGCUUGGUCCAGAGCAAUUCAUGACACGGCAUCAAAUUGAAGAGGCUCUGGUGGUGUUGCAACUCCGGGAUAACAUAAAUGUCCUAUUUCUGGAAAGGUGGCAGGAAUUGGCCCAGCAUGUGUCUGCGGUGACCAGAGCUAUAGCACUGCGUCCUUAUAAGAAACAUCAGGAAAAGCAGCCUUUCUCCUUCUGUGCCAAAGGCAAGUGGGCUAGUGGUGUGCACAUUGGCAAAGACGGGAAAGGGCUCCAAGAGACCUGGCUGAAACAGAUCCAGCAGUUCAAUCGAGUCAGUCCAGCUAUGGCAACAGCUAUUGCUCAAGCCUACCCUUCGCCAAAUCUACUCCUACAGGCCUACCGAGAAUGUAAUACAGAGGCAGAGAGACGACUUCUUCUCAGCAACCUCCAAGUCAGAACUGAGGACAAUAAAACGGAGAGACGGAUCGGCCCAGACCUGUCUCGCCGGGUCUACCUUUUCAUGGUAUCUACAAAUCCAGAGCUUGUCCUAGAUUUAAGUUGUUGAAGCCCCUUGUAGUGCUGUUCUGACCACUGGGUCAUAGCUCCUUAGCCUUAAAGCUUACUGCCAAAGCUACAAGAUUUAUUGCAGAAACAGAGUUUGUCAAAAUCAAUAAAUGUCUUUGUGCACAAAUGCUAUCAACGAGCCUA